UUUUUCCUGCCAGUAGAACGAAAGAUGACUUCUGCUCACAAUGUUGUGCUCUGGGAUGCCCCUUUCUCAUUUUUCUAGCAAAAACUGGAUGGAGGACAAGACUGGCAGCACAAUGUAGACAUUUUUCUGGAGCAAGAACUUGGGAUCUUCCAGUCCUCUGGUUUGGAGCAUUCUCCUGCCUUCUGGCAGAAUCAUCCCCUACGUGUGUGCAUUCUCUCUCUCUCUCUUUCUCUCUCUCUCUUUCUCUCUCUCUCUCACACACACGCACCCUUUUCAAGCACUGGAAGAGGGGGAAGAAGUUAAGUGGCAAAUACAACGACUCCUCUUGAUGCGUUUUUGUGACUGGGAAACUUCAGACACCACCCAGAAAUUCUGCCAAGAUUGACCCAAGGCUUUGGACCAAGACAGUUCUGGCCACCUAAACUGUGGCGUACAGCCUUAUGGAAGACUUGGGCAAGUCGACGCUGUGGCUGCAGGCCGAGCUGGCCUCCCCUUCUCCGUGCUUGCACAUCCUUGAUUGCCGCAGCCGGGACCUAUACGAUUCAUCCCAUGUGGAGCGGGCCCUGAGCGUGGCCCUCCCAGGACUACUUCUGCGCCGCCUUCGGAAGGGGAGCUUGGCGGUCCGGUCCUUGCUUCCUGGGCCCCCUCAGGGGCUCUGUGAGAACAUGGUUUUGUUGUAUGACGAGGGGACAAUCCAGCUCUCUCGGCCGGACAACCGGGAGGAAGAAGAAGAAUCAGUGCUGCUCACGCUCUUGCAGAAGCUCCGAGAGGAGGGCUGCCUGGCCUACUACCUGCAGGGAGGCUUCAAUAAAUUCCAGGCUGAAUGGCCCCAUCUCUGUGAAACCAACCUGGAUACAGCCAGUACCAGCAGCUCCCCCGUUCCCCCGGCAGCUCCCAUCGUGGGGCUGGGAGGCCUGAGCUUAAGUUCAGAUGGCUCAGAUGCUGAGUCAGAGCCCCUAAGCAGCGGCAUGGAGUCUGAAGGCGCAAGUCCCCCCUCCUUUCCUGUUCAGAUCCUGCCCAAUCUCUACCUGGGAUGUGCCCGUGACUCUGCCAACAUGGACACGCUGGCCAAACUGGGAAUCCACUACAUCCUCAAUGUGACUCCAAACCUCCCAAACCUCUUUGAGAAGAAUGGCGAUUUCCAUUACAAGCAAAUUCCCAUCUCAGAUCACUGGAGCCAGAACCUUUCUCAGUUCUUCCCUGAAGCUAUUGAUUUCAUUGAUGAGGCCCUCUCUCGGAACUGCGGCAUUCUGGUGCACUGCUUGGCGGGGAUCAGUCGCUCGGUCACCGUCACUGUAGCCUACCUCAUGCAGAAGCUCAACCUGUCUCUCAACGAUGCCUAUGAUCUGGUGAAGCGAAAGAAGUCCAACAUCUCACCUAACUUCAAUUUCAUGGGGCAGCUGCUGGAUUUUGAGAAGUCCCUGGGGCUUAGCCAGGGCAGUCGGCGGCCAGCCUCAGACCAGACCUGCUUCUUCACCUCACCAACCAAUGACAGUGUCUUUGAGCUGGAUCCUACGUAGGAGCCAGAAGGGUGCUACAUUUUUGUCAUUGUCCACCAACACCUCCUGUUCUUGGUUCUAUCUGCCUGCCCUGGUGGCGGAGCCUUCUGGGACCAACUAAAUACCUCACACUAGAGAGGGAGGUGCCUCAUUCAGGAACGACUGCUACUUCCAGCAAAGGUUCUCAUUGCCUUUUGGGUUUUUCUGAAAUAUCAACGGCAACGGUGUCCUUACUAAUCACACAGCGAGACUGACAUGGCCACAUCAAUAACCAAAGACUCUCCUCCUCCUCUCUUUCUCCCUAGAGCUCUUGUACAGACCAAGAAACCAACACUUUUCUUUGGGGGAGGGGACUAUUUCUGAAAUUUUGGGUCUGGGCAUUACAGCAUCUUGAACUUGAUCCAGAUCCGCCCUCUUUUAAAAUUUAAAUAUUUGCAAUGGAACAUGUCAGGGCUGGAACCUGCCAGUUAUUAAUGAUGUUGAUCACAUAUUGAAGGUUUUAUGGUUUUCUUGUGUUUCUCCUUCUCCAGCCAUUAUGCAGAAAUUAGGCCGAGACUUGCACCUCUCCCAUAAGAAUCUUCUGCGGGCAAGACUUUUGAUGAGAUGAUAGCGCAUUCACCAGCUGAUGUGUUAAGUUCCCACUCCCAAUGCCUCCAAUGAACAUGGCCAAAUGAUGACCUCUUAACUGAUGAAAGCUGCUCUAGAAUCAUUCCUUUCAGUUUGAGAAGUGAGAUGCAGGAACAUAAUUCUAACAUGGUUGUCCUGGGAUGACUAAAAAUAUCUUAAUAGAAAAUUUAAUGCAGAGUCCUGUGUUUUAGAAAUGAAACCAGAGAAUUUCCCAGAUCUCUCUUGUUAAGACCAGGACGAAUCAUAGAAUUGAGGAAUCGGUGUAGCAGCUUAUAUAAACAUAACCUCUGGAGAGAUCUUAAAAAACUUUGAUUAGGUCCUGUGAUACAGGAACUGCAGAAAUGGGUUUGAGAAUCUGCAACUUUUUUUGAUGCUAGGUGUUUAUGUUCCCAGAACAGACUACAAAAGUUCCAGUGUGGGACUCUUUAAAAUCUCCAGAGCUGUAUUUCAGGUCCAGAAUUGGAGCAGGUUUAAACAUUUGUAUGAUAACCUUAACUCUCCCAUUAUUAUUCCCAAAUCUAUAGAUGCUCUCAUCAUCCCCAAAGCACCUCGCUCAGUCCUCUGUGGUUUGUUCAGGAUUUAGGCAGAGGGAAAUAAAAAUGGUGGGAGAAGCUUUGGAACAGAAUCACAGUGAGAAGACAUAAGUAUUAGAAGCAAAAAUAUUGCUGUUGCACAACCCGGUCUUUGGUUGUGGGAGAAAAUAGAGCAGCUCUGCAUUUUGUAUCUGUAUUUGUACAAAUGGUGAGUUUGUAUGUGUGCCUUAAUACUUGCAUGAAAGCAAAGAGACCUGCGAAUGUGUGUACUAGGCAUUGUUUGCAUAGUAUCUGCCUGAAAGGGUUAAUUUGUGCCCACAUUUUAUUCCCCAAAUUUCAGCCAGGAUGUUUUCAGUAUUGGAGCUCAAUUCCAGGAUCUUGUGAGUUCAUAAUAAAAAAAAAAAAAAACCUCUGAGCAUUGUAGGGUGGAAAAUGUAUUCCAGAGGGACAGUGUUUCUUACGUAACAGAGUUUAUUAGGAAGAAAACUGCAGACUUGGUGAUUUCAAAAUUUUCAAUAAUUAUCUAAAAUCAUUAAUCGCUAUGUGUACAUGAUAUGGUCCUUGUGGGCAUGCUUAAAAGAUGUCCAAGGUGUUCUAGUGACCUGCAUUUAAGGCUUUUAUUUUAGCUCUGUUUAGUAGGUCCACAGGAAUCCAGAAGAACAUUUUGUCUGCAAAAUGAAUCUUCCCGAGUCUGUUUUUUCAAUGUUUUGCUUCCUUUUUCAGGAUUUUUCUGGCCUUUGAGGCUAUGAAGAUACGUGCCUAGGGGCCAAUACUUGCUUGAAAUAAUUUGAAAUGGCUGUUAAGUGAGUUUUGGAAAUAUGGAGCUUCAGUGACCCUGCAAUGCCUUAUACGUUUUCCCUCUGAUGAAAAUAAAUUAGAAUAAAUUAAGAAUAAAUUAUGCAAAGCAGUCACACUGGCCAACUAUUAUGCAAAACGACUCUUAUGCAAAUUUGACCAACUAGCACAAUUCAAGGUGAUUGCAGUAUUCAGGUUUGGUCGCAAUUUGGGUUGCCUGAACACCGAACUUUACUGUCCAUGCAGGUUACGCAUAGUUCUGGCUCCCUGCAUGCUCCAAACAGUCUAGAGUCUCCGACUUGGGUCUCUGUUUUCAAGUGAAUGUAAAUGAUUGGAGAUGGAAGGGAAGUGGGCCAGAAUUGCCAUUACCAUGGACAACAACAACAGUUAUUUUAAUAAAGCGGGACU